CUCAUCAUGCCGGCUCCUGACUUAGGGUUUCACCUGACCCAGCUCUCUCCUCAACCCAAAUGCUCAAAGCUGAUCGUAAUCUACAUCUUGGUUCUGUUGCUAUCCCUUGGCUUCACUGCAGGCCAAAGAAGACCCUUCAACCAUCAAAUUGACAACAGAAGUCCUGAGAUCGAUCCUUUUUGGUAUGUGGGACGGGGAGUUCGACCUAUUGGACGGUUUGGGAAACGGCAGCUGAAGUUUGGUCGAAACAGCCUGAGGUCUGGAAGCAGCCUGGAUCUGAUAUUGAAUGCUUUACAAGAGCAAGAAGCAUUGGAAGAAGCACUGGAAGAAGACGGUGAUGUCUGGUGAUUCCGCUUCU